GCUAUAACUCGUUUGACACCAUUGUGGCACUCGUUCGUAGUCUGUGUCGUAACAGUCGUGUGACGGCAUUUUACUUCGUCUCGUCAUAUAUACAAUCUCGCCGUAACCAUGCCGUCAUUAGCUGUGAAUAUUUUGCGGCGGUCGACCGGGCUCAUCAAGACAGCCUUGGCCAACAACCAUAGACUUUUCAAAAUGCCUGGUACUAUGUGUAACUAUGCCAGGGCAUUUUCAGUAGUACAUGGUAAUCUGGACAACUUGCAACCUUCAGUCAGAAAGUUUAUUGUCGAUAGUGCCAACCUGUGCCAACCUGACAAAGUCCAUAUUUUGGAUGGUUCUGUUGAAGAGAAUAAAAAACUUACAAAGGAACUUGUUGAAAUGGGAGUUUUAAGGCCAAUACGCAAGUACGAAAAUAAUUAUCUGUGCUUGACUGAUCCAAAAGAUGUUGCUCGUGUGGAAAGCAAAACACUUAUAUCAACUCCUAGUGAGAGGGAGACGAGACCCAUUACUGCACCUGGAGUGAAAGGAAAGCUUGGCCAAUGGUUUUCUCCAAAAGAUCUUGAAAAUGCUGUUCAAGAAAGAUUUCCUGGCUGCAUGAAAGGUCGUACUAUGUAUGUGAUUCCAUUCAGUAUGGGACCAGUCGGAUCACCUUUGUCUAAGAUUGGUAUUGAGAUCACAGACUCUUCGUAUGUUGCUGUUAAUAUGUAUAUAAUGACGAGGGUUGGUGGCAAAGUAUUAGAUGUCCUUGGAGAUGGUGAAUUUGUCAAGUGUUUACAUUCCGUGGGUCAACCAUUACCUAUGGAGAAACCUGCUGUCAACAACUGGCCUUGCAAUCCAGAAAAAACAAUGAUUGCUCAUCGCCCUGCUUCAAGGGAAAUUAUAUCAUUCGGUAGUGGAUAUGGUGGAAAUUCGCUGCUUGGCAAGAAAUGCUUUGCUCUACGAAUUGCUAGCUGUAUUGCUAGAGAUGAAGGAUGGUUAGCUGAACACAUGUUGAUUCUUGGUAUUACCAAUCCCCAAGGAGUGAAAAGAUACGUCUGUGCUGCUUUCCCAAGUGCUUGUGGCAAGACAAACUUGGCUAUGAUGAACCCUACCAUACCUGGCUAUAAAGUAGAAUGUGUUGGUGAUGACAUUGCAUGGUUGAAAUUUGACAAGAAUGGUGUAUUGCGUGCCAUUAACCCAGAGAGUGGAUUCUUUGGUGUGGCGCCCGGCACUUCGAAUAAAACAAACCCAAUGGCUAUGGCAACUAUUAAAAAAAAUACCAUCUUCACCAACAUUGCCGUCACCGAUGAUGGUGAUAUCUUUUGGGAAGGCUUGGAAGAUCAAACCCCAAAGGAUGCCAAGAUCACUUCCUGGUUGCAUCAUGAAAACUGGCACAAGGAUAUGAAGAAUGCUGAAGGCAAACCUAUUGCAGCAGCUCAUCCCAACUCCAGAUUCUGUACACCAGCCAAACAGUGUCCCAUAAUUGAUCCUCAGUGGGAGAGUUCUGAAGGUGUGCCCAUCUCUGCAUUCAUAUUUGGUGGGCGUAGACCACAAGGUGUUCCAUUGGUAUAUGAAGCCCUUGACUGGAAGCAUGGCGUUUACAUUGGUGCAUCAGUGAGGUCAGAAGCUACUGCAGCUGCAGAACAUGCAGGUAAAGAAGUGAUGCAUGAUCCAUUCGCUAUGAGACCAUUCUUUGGUUACAACUUUGGUGACUAUCUGAAACAUUGGUUGAGUUUUGAAAAGAAAAAAGAACUUAAGCUACCUAAAGUUUUUCACGUCAACUGGUUCCGUAAAGAUAAGAACAACAAGUUCUUGUGGCCAGGCUUUGGUGAGAAUUCUCGUGUCCUGGAUUGGAUCAUUCGUAGAUGUGAAGGUGAAGACAUUGCUGAGAAGAGUGCUAUUGGUUACCUUCCAAAGAAAGGCUCGCUCAACUUGGAUGGACUUGAAUCAGAAGUGAAUUACAAAGAGCUUUUUGACACCCCAAAAGAUUUCUGGGAGAAAGAGGUGCAGGAAAUCAGGAAUUACUUCAAUGAGCAAGUGAACGAAGACUUACCAAAAGAAGUUGCUGAUGAACUCGCUUCUCUAGAACAACGCGUUUCUAAAAUGUAAAGCUUUGGGAGCUUUACUUGUACUGUAACUGAAUGAAAUCUAGAUUUACGAAACGAGUACAGUGUGAGUAAAUUAGAAUGCAAUAAGUACAAUGCUUUUAAUUUAUUAGUAUAUUUGUUUUGCACAACUGAUUUUCAAAAAACCAGAACUUUGUGAAAUUUACAAUAAAGUAUUUUCUUACAAUAGCUUUGCCGUUUUUCAAUGUUUUUGUUAGUAAAUCUGUACUUCAUAAAGCAAAUGAUGUGUAUUUUUGUCAGUUUUACAUCUCCAUUUAUCUCAUUUCUGUAUAAAGUGUAGUGUACAUGUUGUAAUUUAUUAACCACUCUAUCUUGUGACUAACAUUGACCAAUCAUCCAUUACAAUCGAGGCACAUUUUGUAAUUUGAAAAUCAAUUGAGACAUAGAUUGUUAUUCUACCAGAGUAUAUAUUAGAUGACAUUGUGUAGUCUGUUCAGUUUUCUAUUGUGAAUUGACGUAGUAUUGCCAACACUUGCUGAAUAAAAUUCCUGUUUCACCAUUGUAA